GCGGUAGGUGGAGACUUGACACAGCAGCAGAGUGGAGUCGGUAUCCAGGCAGCUGCUCUCUGUCUCUGCUUACUGAGAGCUAGGCUAGCUGGUAAACAACCCCAAACAGCCCCGGCGGUGUGUCGGGGAAUGUAAUGACUGAACCCGCCGUUGUUUUCCUCUAGUAGUCUCGGUUUUCGUCCGAGUUGAGCUUUUCGUUCCCACUACAUGUCUCGUGUUCCCGUGCAGGACCGUCUCUGCUAAAGGCUGGCUCGUUACUGAGACACACUGAUGCUGCCGAGAUGAGCUAACCUUUCAACUGUCGUCAGAGACAAAAGCAACAUUUCCACUGAGACCUGAGUUGUUUCUCGGUGGUGGAUGUCUCGUCGCCUCCGUCUGAGGUCGGAGGCCAGUUGGAGUCGGGAGGUGUGUCCUGGGCUGCAGCAGUGAUGCGUGCGUCUGUGGCAGGCUGCAGGAUGAGCGUGGGUGCGCUCCUAAACGGGCUGCUCGUCUCUGUCGUUGCGGCGCUCCUUUGGAAGUACUCCAAGCUGAGUGAGCACACUGCCCUGCUAGAGGAGGAGCUGCACAUGACACGGCAGUCCCAGGAGCUUUCUCAGGCUCGUAUCGACUAUCAUGUCGCCCUGCAGGCUCUCCAGGAGCACGGCACCCGCAUGGUCUGCACUGGAAAGAUGCACACCGACCGCAUCUGCCGCUUCGACUACCUCUGCUACAGCUCAGAGGCGGAAGAGUUUGUGUUCUUCCACUCUAACUCUUCUGUCAUGCUGCCUAACCUCGGGGCGAGGCGCUUCCAGCCCGCCCUGCUGGACUUGUCCUCCGUAGAGGACCACAACACGCAGUACUUCAACUUCUUAGAGCUCCCAGCUGCUACUCUUAAGUUUAUGCCUAAGCCUGUAUUUGUUCCAGAUGUAACUCUGAUAUUUAACCGGUUUAAUCCAGACAACCUGAUGCACGUGUUCCAUGAUGACCUGCUCCCCGCCUACUACACCAUGCAGCAGUAUUCAGACUUAGACGAUGAGGCGCGUUUGGUUUUCAUGGAGGGCUGGAGUGAAGGCCCUCACUUCGACCUCUACAGACUUCUCAGCAGCAAGCAGCCUCUCCUCAAAGAACAGCUGAGGAACUUUGGGAAGCUCAUGUGUUUCACCAAGUCCUACAUCGGCCUGUCCAAAAUGACCACCUGGUACCAGUACGGGUUCGUCCAGCCGCAGGGACCCAAAGCCAACAUGUUGGUGUCUGGGAAUGAGAUCCGGCAGUUUGGCAAGUUCCUGAUGGAGAAGAUGAACAUCACCGGGGUGGAGGAGGUAGAGAAGGAAGGAGCGAGCACUGAAGAUGAGAAGGAGAAAAAGGACGAGUACAUUGUCGUAUUUAGUCGUUCAACUACGAGGCUGAUCCUGAACGAAGCGGAGCUGAUCAUGGUGCUUGCUCAGGAGUUUCAGAUGAGGGUGGUCACUGUGUCUCUGGAGGAUCAGUCUUUCCCCAGCAUCGUCCAGGUGAUCAGUGGGGCUUCCAUGUUAGUCAGCAUGCAUGGAGCUCAGCUCGUCACCUCACUCUUUCUCCCCAGACGAGCGACCGUCGUGGAGCUCUUCCCGUUUGCUGUGAACCCGGAGCAGUACACUCCCUAUAAAACCCUCGCCUCCCUCCCAGGCAUGGACCUGCACUACAUCUCCUGGAGUAACACGAAGGAGGAGAACACCGUCACCCACCCGGACAGACCGUGGGAGCAAGGCGGCAUCACUCAGCUGGACAAAGAGGAGCAGGAGCGGAUACUCACCAGCAAAGACGUCCCACGGCACCUGUGCUGCCGAAACCCAGAGUGGCUCUUCCGGAUCUACCAGGACACUCUGGUGGACAUUCCCUCUUUCUUGGAAGUCCUCAAAGAAGGAAUGAAGACCAAGCCCAGCAUGAAAAAGUCAAAACCAGCAAGCGUAGUCCAUCCGGGCCGGGUCAGAGAACCGCAGUGUCAGACCUCAGUGCAAACCAGCCACGAGGCUAAACUCACCGUCUCCUGGCAGAUCCCCUGGAAUCUGAAGUAUCUGAAGGUGAGGGAGGUGAAGUAUGAAGUGUGGAUCCAGGAGCAGGGAGAGAACACCUAUAUGCCUUAUAUCCUUCCCCAACGAACUACACCUUUUCAGAAAACAUCAAGCCCUUCACCACCUACCUGGUGUGGGUGAGAUGCAUCUUCAACAAGAACCUCCUGGGACCUUUCGCAGACGUUCUCAUGUGCAGGACCUAGAGCAAACAUCUGCUGGUCUGGGUUGCUGUGCAGAGAAGUGGAGUCAUGCCUGUUCCAGAUUAUUAACAUGUAAAGCUUAAUAAGUCCAGCGAGAGGUGAUGUGGCACACCUCCCCAGUCUGAGAACGAGCUGCUGAACUCUGAUGGAGAGGUUUUUGUUUGGCCAUGGAGUAACUGCAAAACACUUGAAGCACAGGGUCUGAACUUUCACUAAGUAUAUUUCCUGUCCUACAAAGAAAGAGAGAGCUAAACCGUCUACAAGAAUUCAAAUCCACAGAUUUAUUUAUGUGCAGAAUAAUAUAUAAAGUUUUUUUAGUCUUAGUCAGAACACUGGUUCUUUACCUUUUACAGUAUGCAAUAUAGCUUUUCUGUGGAGAGCAAGAGAGAUUUUAGAAUAGCAAGAUUUUUUUAUGUUUUUUGACUUGUCUGCCGUGUGAGUGUGAUUCCCCGUGUGGCUCAGUUCACCUACAUUCGCCUCUUUCUGCAGAACCCAGCCAAAACCAAAGCAACUCUGUCAUCAUGAUUUCAGCCAACCAUCAUUCAUGCCAUCACGUCAUUCUUCUUAUGUUACUUAGAAUUUCACGUAUCGUACAAAAAAAUGUGUCAAGGAAGAGUUUUAUGAACGCCAUACUCACUAAACUUUUAGAUUAUGAAACUACAGAGUGAUUUAAGGUACUGUGAGGAGUCUCUUUAGUCUCUUUAUGACCUACAUGAUAGAUGUCGAUAUUCGUACACCCGUUAAGUGACUCUGUUUCGAGCUCUUUUGGUAAAGUUUGUCAGUGAGAAGUAAGUAAUCAAGCAGGAGGAGUUUCUUCUUCAGAUAUGUUUGGUCCUUAUGGCUGAUACUGGAGCAGGAUUAUCAAACAGAUGAACUGUUGACGUUUCAGACGGAGAAACUCCGUGCAUUGCUAGCUAAAAGAGCUAAAUGUCUAUGAACAGGAUUUAAUGUUUAUGCUUCACCUCUCUUUGAGGACUAAAGAGUUGGACCGUGUGCAUAUUUACAUUAUUCAGUCAUUUAUCGACACACAGGAGCUCACAUCAAGACACGGGCUGUGACGGCUAACGUCAAACCGGUACGUCAGAGUUCACAAAGUUUAGUCCUUGUUAUGUUACAUUUCACACUUUGACGUAGCUACAAAACAACACUUAAGAAAAGUAGGAUUAAAAAUAAAUUCUGUAGUCAUUGGGCUUAAAAAACACUACCAGUUUCAUCCAAAGGGGGCGCCAGAAUCAACACAUGAAAACUCCUCACUGUGCCUUUAACGAGCAUUUUGAAAUAGACACAAGUGUUUUUCAGCAACCACAGAUACGUCACAUUAAUUUUACUGCACUAGGAAAUUGUUGUUCUCUAAUUGGCACUAAUUACGUCUGUAUUAAUUGUAAUUUUCUGUAGAGUGAAUUUGUUACGUUAGAAACAGUUUCCAGUCUUAGUAUCUGGUCAGGAGAGUCUUAUUCUGAAUUCUUAAUUGAAAGAAUAGAUAUAUGUGUGUAGCCGAUCAAGCAUUAGCGUUUAGUUUCAUUAUUUGGCUUGUUAGAGAUUAAAAAAAAGCCUCAAAUCUGCACCCUGACUUUUCCUGUCAGGCGUAUCUUUAUUGUCACUGUCCCAGCCUGUCACUUUAAGAAGGCAGUGUGUGCAUGUAAUGAGUCUGAUGUUGAUUUCAGAAGUGAGAGUGUUAUGAGACUGCAGAAAGUGUCAACAUAAGCUUAGUUUGAAGAGUAGUGUUUUUAAAGGCCCCAUGUGAGUCGUAUGUGCUGCACUGAGUUGAUUGUACACUUGUUUUAUGCAAAGUCACCGUGUUAUCUCCCUGCCAGUCUUCAAAUGUUAGAAAGUUAGGUAGGUAGUUAGCAGCUAUAUGCCAGGCUGAAGCCUAAAGGAACCAGCUCUUAGGCACUUUUGUGGAAAAAGCCACGAUGGAUUAUUAGGGCCAUUCAUUAAAAAAAAAAUGUGUAUAUAUAAAAUUUAUUUUAUUUAAGUUACAUUUUUCCCUUUAUGAAUAGGACAGCUUAAGAGAGACAGGAAACGUGGGAAGCAGAGAGCGGGGGAAGACAUGCAGGACACGGUCACAGCCGGGAUUCGAACCAGCGACUUCUGUGAUAAGAACUAUAGCCACUGUAUAUGGGGCAAGCUUAGACCGCAAGGCCAACAGCACCCCAUUAGCAAUAAUUUUAAAGAAAUUAAGCCAGAGAAGAAGAGUAAUUAUCUAAGAGUAAACUCACAAAUAUUUGAGAAAAAAAGCACAAAUUUGUGAGAUAUAUAAAGUCAAAAAUUUGCAAGAAAAGACAGAAAAGUUUUUAAGCUUCCCACUUUUGCACAUCAGACACUGCUGCCGUGCAUUAUGCCUGCUGUGCUCCACCUCGUAUAAGAUUUAGCCUUUGAUUAUGACCUUUAAACCUAAAUUACAGCAAAUAUUUGAAUAUGAUCGAGACAUGGGCAUUAUGAGGGAAUAAAGACUAGUUUCCAUAUUAGGAGAACCUUCGUGUUUCUAUCAUGAAGAGAAAAUUACCUGUUCAACAUGUUCUGUGCAAUUAUGACCAUGUCAGAUUUUUAACUACAUCACAAGCCCCAUCAGUGCAGUUUGCUCCAGAGUUGCACUUUAUUGUGGCUGAGAUGAUCUGUCAGCAUAUCACUCACAGAUAUGAUGAACUGGAUGAAGGGGAGGGGGGCCUUACUGUUUUAUUAACCCAUUUACUUUCUGCAACGAGCUUUCAAAAUUUUGUUUAAUCUCGGAUAGUUACUCCUCUCCUCCUGCUCCGUUAUUCAUUUAAUAAAAAAUAAACACAAGUUUCAUUGCCGGCUCACUUUGUCUGAGUCGCCUCAUUUGUUAUGAAGUGCUGCUCCUUAGUAUCUAGAAUUGUGUUCCCUUUUAGACUCUGAAUUUGAAUUGGAGGUUUCAGUGCGUGGGAGAUGAGAUGUAGCAGCAGACGGUUUAUGGGUGAAACAAAACACUGCCACCAACCUUAAUUUGAUGAUGUCAUGUCCUUUAUGAGAAUCUCUGUAACCAUUUGGACUUAGACGAUCCUUCUCUUUUCUUUUGCCAAACAUCCUCCUACAUGUCUUCACACGCUGACAUUAUUCCCCUGAAGUUCUCAGAUGCAGUUCUGUUUGUCAAAGCAUGUUCAAGAGAUUAUUUGCUGUGUGAAAGACGCAAUGGUUUAGAAAUGUGUGUGUUUGUAUUGUUGGUUUAGAUACGUGCGAGAUGUCCUCCUGUGUGUGCUGAGUGAAUCGAGAGUCUGUUUUCUACAUUAGCCAAGAGUUUGUUUCUUUUUCAGUACCUGUGAUUGAAUAAAGAAGCUUAUUUCUUACAAU